CCUGGGACUCGCCGGGCCCGACCCGUCGAAACUACAUCUCCCGACGGGCGUUGCGUGGGAGCGCAGGCGCCUGGUGGAGAUACGAUGGGCGGGGCCACGGGCUGCGCCGGAAAGGAAAGAGAGCCUGCGCAGGUGUGCGCGGCCCGUGCUGUUAUUGCGCGUGCGCUGGGCUGACGCCGUGGUUCGCCAGAUCCAUGCAAACCUCAUUCCUGCUAAGGACAGAGAGACUUGGACGACUUACGUGGCCCAGAUUUCUCGAGGGAGAGAUAGAAUGAGUAAGAGGAAGAAGCUUCGAACCGCAGCAGGCCAAGGAAUCCAUCCCCCAAAACCUCCCAAGAACCCAAGGCCUGGAGACUCCGACAGAGGCUCCCGAAGUUCCAAGCUGGGCAGCUUGCGGCACCCCAGUGAGUCAGAAGACAGCUCGACACCCACUACCCCCACAGAGCUCAGCAGGCAGGAGCCAGGGCCGGCUGUCUCCAGCUUCCCUGAGGAGACCUCAGCUGCCUCCCUCCUGGAGCAACUAGAAAAAGAGGCCACCCUCCUUCCCCCUUCCCAGACUUCACUCGGGAGAUUUGUCCCUCAGUUUGCAAAACCCAGGAAGACAGUGACAAGAAAAGCAAAGACAUUGGAAGAGGAUCCCGAGAGGAGGGCUGUUAGCCUGGAAGCUCUGCCCAGCCCCAGUGCCCCAUGGCUGCCAGAGGGAUCCCUGGGGCCAGGAGAUCAGAUGCCAGCAGACAGCCCCCACUCCGAGCAGAGCAGCCAGAAACCUGGGACACCUAUGCCUGGAGAUGGGCCAGGAUCCUGUAACUCAGAGAUGACCAGCCAGGACCCAGUGUCAGAGCAAGGGACCAGCACGUCAGAUGGUGGGAACCUUCUUAGCAGUGGGCCUGAGAGGGCUCAGGUGCCAGAUCUCCCCUCAAAAGGGAAGCUUUCCUGCAGUGCUGAAGGGAGGAAGCCAGCCCAAGGAGGCUCCCAGGAGGGCAGUGCCUGGCCUGGGACCCCAGAAGAAGGAGAUGGCAUCUCCAGUGCCCCUGUGUCCCCUCCCACAUUGGCCACACUGUGCAUGAAGACCUUCCCUGAAGCCCAGGACCUCCCGGAUCCCAGGCAGACACCCAGAGGGGCAGGUGGGCAGGCAGAGUGCAGCUGUGGUGGCCCAACAUGCACUUCCCUGGGGAGUGCUGUCAUGGAGAACAUGAGCACAGUUGCCCCUGAGACAGAGCAGAAGACCCUGGGGGCGUCCGGGCCAGGUGUGCAGCCUGACACCCGGCCACCAGCCUCUCCUGGGAGGCAGACCCUUCAUGGCUGCAGGCCUCUGGCUGAGGAGAUCACAGGGGACAGGGCAGAGGCAGGGCCAGAAGAUAAUCUCCACAGCGAUGCCCCAGGGAGCCCUGAAGCUUUCUGGGCUGUGGUUCCAGGAAACCGAGAGCCUACACUGGAUGCUGAAGACCCUGGCCACCCAGUGCCAGAUGUGGGCCCAGAUGUUGAUCAGACCCAGGUGCCUGACCCCACCACACGUGUCCUGUCUUUAAUGACACAGUGUGGGGACAGACAGGUAGCUGAGUCAGGCAGCCAGUGCCUUGAAGGAGGUGGCAUUGGGCUCAGCCUGGCCCUCUGUGCCUUAUGUCCUCUGGAGCACAGGGCUGCCACCGAUGGCCCUCUCUUGGAGGCCAGGGCCCAACAGGGCAGCCCAGAAGUGCCCACAGACCCACCAGGCCCACUCCAGCACACUCUGGACUCUGUGAGUCAGGCCGCGUGGUCAGAGUCCUUGGCCAUGGAGCUCGACUUCCUGCCCGACAGCCAGCUGCGGGAUGCCCUGGAUGCCCCUGAUUUGGAAGCCCCACUUGAGCAGGGAUUGAACUCCGAUCCUUGUGCUUAUGAGGGUGCUCCCACACGGAAUGAGUCGAGCAUCUGCUGGCCCUGCCCCAGCCCCAGUGCCAGCGGGGGAGACCGAGUCCCAGUGAUGGAGGCCCAGCCCAGGAUGGAAGAUGCCUCAGACAUGGUGCGCGGCCUCAUUUUGGAGCUGUCCAACCUGAACCGGCUGAUCAUGAGCACCCACCGUGACCUAGAAGCCUGCAAGCGCCUUAGCUCCAGAAAGGCCCGGAAGGGGGCUGGGCCCGUGUCCUGGGGUGAACAGCCCCGGAGGGAUCUGUAGGUCUCUGCCACCUGGCUCUUCGCUCUGCUCCUACCUAGAGUUUUGUUUCCAAGAUGCUCCAGGGGUUCCUAGCAACCUCCCCCAUCAGCCAGAAAUUCCCCUCCCAAGGACGCAGGAGCCCUGUGGGGUGGGGCCUCCUGUGCCGCACUUGGAGGUGACACCCUGAAGCCCCAGAGACCGUGACCACUCCAAAAAGUCAGUGAGUCCCAAGCAUGUAAGGUUUAUCUGAUGUUAAAGGUUAUUUUUCUCCUGGAGAAGCACAGGGCCCUCUUUGUUAAUUGUAUCCUCCUCUCUCCCACUUUCCAUUUUUUCUUUCAGGAAGACCAGUAAUAAAAAAAUGAC